AUGUCCAUAGGCAGACUUCAGGGGCCACUAAGCUCCCUCCAGGAGCCGUCAUUUAAACUGCCCAGUGUAUUUCAGAGCAAGGUUGUGGCACCGCGUAACCCAAAAUUGACCAGAGAUGAAGGGGCCAUCUUGAUGUUGACACCGUCAGCAUUUCUAAGAGAAAUGUCCCUAACCACGGAGCAGAAGCUUGCCAACACCCGAGAGAUGCACCCUCCACGGAUCAUUCAUCUUCUCGAUAUGAGUGAAACAAGCCAUCAGAAGUUCUCAUCAGUGGAUUUAGACCAAGCCUUGUUCCAGCCUUUUCCGUCAGAAAUAGUUUUCCAGAAUUAUACAGCUUGUGAGACAUAUGAGGUGCCUCUGAUGUUAAGAAACAAUGACAAGGUACCGCGGCUGGUGAAAGUCAUUCAGGAGAACUCGCCCUACUUCCAAAUCAUCAGCCCCAAUGAUGUGUGUCACAAAGUGGCUCCAGGGAUGGCCUCCACAUUCCGCAUCCUCUUCACCCCUGAAGAAAACAAGGACUAUUUUCAUGAAUUGGUUUGCAUCACAGAACGUGAGAAGUUUGUAGUGCCCAUAAAAGCAGUUGGGGCACGAGCCCUACUGGACUUUCCAGAUCAGCUAAAUUUUCUCACCUGCCCGGUCAAAUAUAACUCACAAAAAGCCCUCUUGGUGAGAAACAUCGGGAACCGCGAAGCAUGCUUUAAACUGCUCACUCAGAGACCCUUCUCUGUGGAUCCGAUAUCUGGGACUCUUGCAGUAGGGGAAAGUAUGCAAGUGAUAGUGGAAUUUCAGCCUCAUGAGGUUGGAGAUCUCUCGCAAGAUUUGACAAUCCACUAUGACACAGGUGAAGAUGUUUAUGUUAGUUUAUAUGGAGCAGCCAUAGAUAUCAAUAUCCGCCUGGAUAAGAACUCAUUAAUAAUAGAAAAGACCUUCUUGUCUCUUGCCAAUCAGAGAACUGUCACCAUAAGCAACCGUAGUGACAUUAUAGCACACUUCCAAUGGAAAGCAUUUGCCAGCUCACAGGAGGAGGAACAGCAAAAGCAAAGAUUCUACUCUGGUCUGCAAAUAGAGGAAGAAGAGGAAACUGACCGCUUUUUAGAAGAGUGCAGUGCAGAUCCCUCACUACGUGAACGUCUCACACUUCUAAGCCGUACCUUUCACAACCGCCGAAGAAUGGCGCAGGGGGACACCAUGCUAUUUUCUGAUGAAAUUUUCCAAGUUGAACCAGUGGAAGGAGAUGUUUGGCCAAAUUCAUCAGUAGAAGUGAAUGUUAUAUUUAAGCCUCGAGUGGCCAGACCUUAUCAGUGUACGAUCUACUGUGACAUAACAGGACGUGAAACGCGUCUUCCCCUACGUAUACGAGGUGAAGGCCUUGGGCCUAAACUGACAUUUAACUACGAUCAGCUGGACAUUGGCAAGAUCUUUGUGGGCUCAACACACAGCUAUGAGGUUAUCUUAGCCAAUCCAGGAGCAAUUGAUGGGAUAUUUACCCUCAUACCUCCAUCCACGGCUGUUGGUUCAUGCUUCACUUUCAGCCCCAGUGAGGGAAUAGUCCUUCCUUCAGGACAUCAGGCUAUAGAGAUCUCUGUUUCCUGCAAUAUACUGGGAGAGUUCAAUCAGGAAUUCCAUUUUAGUGUGGAUGGCUGCCCUGAGGACAUAUCACUAACCGUCAGGGGCUGUAUCAUUGGACCUACAUUUCACUUCAGUUUACCAUCCCUACAUUUUGGUGAUGUUUCAUUUGGGUUUCCACAUACUUUAACUUGUUGCCUCAAUAACACAUCAUUGGUACCAAUGACCUAUAAGCUGCGAGUUCCAGGAGACGGUGAUGGAGAACCAAGUAUAACUAGUACAAAUCAGAUUUUGGACAACAGAAGGUCAUCGUGGAGAAAGGGUACUCAUGCAAAUAUCAGAGCUCAAGAGUUCUCCAUUACUCCCAGCCACGGCACCAUCCGUUCUCAAGGUCUUUUAGAAAUAGAGGUCACAUUGUGCUCUAAUUAUGUGAAGACUUAUGAGUUGGCUCUUGUGGUGGAUGUGGAAGGCAUUGGCGAUGAAGUCUUGGCUUUGCCUAUCACUGCUAGGUGUGUGGUGCCAACACUUCUCCUGGAAAACUCAUUUCUGCAUUUUAACCGCUGCUUUCUUCAGCACCCCUACCAGAAGGCAGCCAUCCUUGUAAAUUCCAGCAACCUUCAUGCGUGCUAUGGUCUCCUACCACAGGCAGACGCCUCAUCCCCUCUACUGUAUGACAGUCCCAGGCCUUGUGGCAUCAUACAGCCACAGAGCAGUGUGGAGGUUCCUAUUGAGGUGCAGAUCCAGGUGACUGGGGAACAACAUGUAAAGGCACACAUAGCAGUGUUUGGAAGCAAAGAUCCUGCUCUGGAACUGUCACUGUUUUGCAUCGGAGAAGGACCUGUAGUUCAUGUCUGUCCUAGUGAGAUGGACUUUGGAGACAUCAAGGUUCUAACGGACAUUUCAAAGACUCUAGAACUGCGGAAUCAGUCAUUGAUCCCUGCUCGCUUCCAAGCUAGCAUUAUGGGUAAAUUUUCUCGAUGGCGUGUGGAUCCUAGCAGUGGAGAGAUCCCUCCCGAGGGAGUGGGGUAUCUGACUCUUGUGGCGCAUUUGAAUGACACCAUACAGUUUAAUGACAAGGUUCAGCUAAUCAUUGAAAAUAGCAACACUUACCUAAUUCCUCUUCAAGCAACGGGCAUUGGGACAACCAUCGUCACGGACAGAACAUUUGCCCCUGUUCUGAACUUGGGAACCCAUUUCAGUUCUGGUCCCUGUUGUUAUCGGUUUACAAUGAGUAACCGUGGUCGAAGGUCCCAUCUAAUCCAUUGGAUAUCAGAUGGAUUCUCUCCAUUUCGCAAGCGAACACAGCUUCCAAGUAUUAAGUCAGCAUCGUCAAACACUGAUAUUCCUGGUCCAGUUUUUAAGAUUUCUCCAUCACGUAUGGAGUUGAGACCAGGACAAAGCAUUGACGUUGUACUUGAAGGAUUUUCUGACACUCCAAAGGUGGUGAAGGAGAGGUUGAUUGGAUUUGCUAUUAUUGGAAAGCAGACUGGAAAGCAUCGGAUCAUGACUGUGGAUAUCAUAUGUGAAUUCAUUGCUCCUGUUCUACACCUCUCUGCCAGGCAACUGCAUUUCACUGUGCAGAAGCAACCAGAUAAUGAGCUUACUCAGCAGUAUCAGCCUCUCAUGCUGAGAAAUAUUUCUUCUUUGCCACUCACUCUCUUCUUAUCAGUGAAAUACCCAUUCUCCAUCUUCAAGAACGAGGUCCUCCAAAAUGAAAUCCCUGAGCCUUACUACCUUGCAGUUGGGGAACAGAUGGAAUUAUCAAUCAGCUUUGACCCAACUUAUAUCCAGGAUUUAAGGAGCGAAAUAAAAGAGGAGGUUCUGAUGAUCCGAUAUGCAGAGCAUCCACACACUGACUAUGUGUCCCUACAAGGGGUGGUAGACUUCCCAAACCUCCAUAUACCCAAUAGCCACAUUAACUUUGGCUGCAUCCUGAAUGCCAGUGAGGCUUCCUAUGAGAUGGAGAUUACAAAUAACAGCCCCAUGUUUGUUCACUUUCUUUGGUCCCACCAAACAAAGAUUAGGUAGGAAUGUGAAGUUAAAGAAACAGAGGUGCAAUCUCCAGAAACAGAUAAGACUGGCUGCAUUGAAGAAAACACAUUAGAUAUAUGGGAUGAUGUUCAGUGUCAAGACCAACAUGAAGACUUAGGACAGAAGGCCCCAUGGAUUGCCAUCAUGGCUAACGGGUUAUUCUCGCCGCGUAUCACACUACAAAGAGGCACCCGUCAAGGGUGUCCUCUAUCCCCCCUUCUCUUCAACCUAGCCCUAGAGCCACUGGCUGUUAAGUUGCGUAAAGUCUACCCGGGUAUGAGGAUGGGAGAGGAGAGGAUGCAUCUGGCAUUAUAUGCGGAUGACAUGCUCCUAUUUGUGGAACACCCUGCAAAACAUAUCCCAAAAAUCCUGGCAACCAUUGAGGCCUUCGGGUCCUUUUCCGGCUAUAGGAUAAACAAAACAAAAUCGGAAAUCUUAUGGCUUUGGAGACAUAAGGCACAGUCACGCUCCUAUCCAUUUCAAGAGGCUGGGGACACCUUGACCUAUCUGGGCAUUCAAUUGUCCACUAAUAGGCAAACCUUGUACCGUAAUAACAUCACGCGGGUGUGCUGUGACAUAGCUCAAACCUUAGAAGGAAGGAGAAACUUACCGGUCUCUCUCACAGGGCGAAUCAACUUGGUAAAAAUGGUCAUCCUACCACGGAUCCUGUAUUCUCUCUUGAUGCUGCCUUUUCUGAUUACCCGAAAAGACCUGGCGAUCUACUCAAAAGCCCUAUCUAAGUUCUUAUGGAAGGGGGGCAGAUCUAGAAUAGCUCUCAAGAAAUUAUAUGCACGGCCCUCCUCGGGUGGCCUGGGUCUCCCCGACCUGAAGCUAUACAACUGGGCAGCACUCAACCGUCUAAUGCUGGAUUGGCAAUUAAAGACGGAACACUUUUACACAUCUGAACUCGAGAGGAAUGCACUAAAGGGGUUUGAGCCCUCACUUCUGCCUUACACCCCGUCUAAUAACCUUCCGACGGGGGUCAAGGAUAGUUUUCUCUAUAAGGACGUACUACGGGCAUGGCGGCAAACCCUAGGAUACUUGGGCCGGCGUCACGCGUCCCCCAGGUUAAUCCCACUGCGAAACAAUGUCUGUUUCCCCCCUGGGAUUGAUACUUCUCCGUUUACCAACUGGGAAACCAAAGGCUUAUGCUCAGUGGGAGAUGCUCUAGACAUCUCUAGAAAAUGCGUUAAGUCCUUUGGGGAGUUGCAAACUCAAUUUGGACUACCGCGGGCCCACUUCUAUGCCUAUCUUCAGAUGAGGCAUUACGUGGACCAGCUUAUUAGAGAGGACCCACAAUUCUGGGAGCCGCACAUAUUUAAUGUGUCAGUGUCUGCUUUUAGGCUUGGAAGUUUCUCUAUCUCGGGGAUUUACAAAACACUGCUGAGCCAUAUUGAAUCUAAACAUUUAGCCCUACUAGAGAAUAGAUGGAGAGGCCACUUGGAGAGGGAGGAUCUUCCAGAGCUAAUCCAGCGCAGUGUAGACAAUGUUAAAAGAGCAACGCUGUCCAUGACGUUGAGAGAGUCCCAGAUCAGAAUGCUGCAUAAAGAUUACAUUAUACCACGUAGGCUAGCUAAAUGGAAACAUGGGGUGAUGAAUGAGUGCAGUCGAUGUGAGGGAGAGGACCUCUCAAGCCUGAGAGCUGCCUUACUGUCAGGCAGAAGUCAAGAUGGAAAGCACCUCCAGGUGCAAUACAGACAGACUGGAACUUCUCAGCCGCCCAGCAGACUGAUCUCCAUAGCAAAACAGGUAUUCAGUAUAACACCUCUCAGUGGGACUCUGCAGCCUGGUGAAAAGAAUAUAGUGGGCUUCACAUUUCAUGGACAUACUGACAUCAGGGCGCAAGCAAAGGCCAAAUGUGAAGUUUUUGGAGGACCAACAUAUGAGAUCACCCUGCAGGGAGAGACCUCACAUUUCAGCUAUACUCUGGAUACAACAGACAUAGACUAUGGACUUCAGCUGUUUGAUCAAGUGUCAGAGGCAGAAAUUGUACUAAGAAAUACAGGGAGGGUCAGCUUUCCAUUCACUGUGCUUUACCACAACACAGAAACCAUCCUGGCACCGAACCCUGGGGAGCCCCUUAUACAUCCUGUCAGUGGCCUAAUUAAUGCAGGGGAGGAACAGGUUCUGAAGGUGCUCUAUUUCCCUGGUGUUCCAGGAUCCUUUCAUCAAACUAUCCAGAUACAGGUUGCCCAUCUCAAACCCGAAAGCGUUACUCUGCGAGGGGAAGGAGUGUUCCCCAGAAUCUGCUUGGACCUUCCCCGUAAAAUAAAUGAGAACGAGAGUUUGCAGCCUUACCUGAAACAGGCAGAGGACAACAUAAGGGAAAAAAAGAAUGUGUCUAACAGCUUAGUACCUGCUGGAAGUCCUGAACCCAUUGAGGAGCACUCUAAUACCACUACGGAUACGCUACUACUGAUGGAAGUAGAGUGCUUGCUGAUUAAAGAACAUGCGAAAAAUCAGCUGCAGUUGGAAGUAUUGGAAGAUGACUUCCAGGGGACACGAAGUAAACUUCUGAAGGCCUCUCUGCCUGAUUACUUAUUGGAUUUUGGUUUUGUCAUCCUGGGAGAGGUGCGCACACAUGUAUUUAAAAUCACCAACAAUGGACACUUACCAGUUUCCUUCCAUGCAGAUCGUCGUGGGUUAAAUGGCACAGGAUUCUCCACUGAAUUGGACCGUGUUAAAAACCUACCAUGUUUUCAGACAGAAACUUUUCAGGUCAAGUUUGAUCCUCGUGGUGCCAAUCUUAAUCUUGGGCUUACUGAAGUUGUGAUGCCAAUUCAGGUAUCUGGUGGUCCCAGGUUUUCAGUACGGAUAACGGCUUGUGUGACAAUGCCAUCUCUCACUGUGUCCAGUGACAAAGUGGAGUUUGAUGAUGUACAAUGUGGACAGUGCCAAGUGAAAUCAGUACAGCUCUACAACCAACUUCCUGUGUUAUGUGAAUGGACAGUAAUGACCCAAGAGAAAGAGAAGAUUGAUAAACAUAUGCCAGCAUACCUCCGUAAGAAACUGCGCCAUGACCUGAAGUCUAAAGCAGUCGUCUUUGAGAUGCUUCCGUCUGCUGGAGUUCUGUUGCCUGGACAGAGAGUUAAUGUGCAAAUUAGGUUCAUGCCUCAAGAGGAGAAGCUGUAUAGUCAACGAUUGUUGCUUCAAGUGGCUCAGAGUAGUCAGCGGGUGAUGCUUAUGGUGCAGGGUCAAGGACUGGAGCCACGAUUGGAAUUUACUCCUUCUGUACUGGAGCUGGGGCCCAUCCUUCCGUUUAGCCAGGGAGAAGAAGCAGAGGUUCUAGUUAGGAAUCCCUGCAGCUUUCCAAUUGAGUUCUACUCCCUGGAGAUGGACAAGCAGUACCUGGAAGAGGAGAAGAUGCUACGGAUGCUCAAAGCCUAUGACUCUCAGAAUACCCUUCUGCUUCCUCCUCGACUGGCAGGAGAAAAAUUACCCACUGAAAUUCUGGACUAUUAUGAGGAGCAGAAGCGACUGCAGGAAGAUGCCAGCCGAAAACGUGGAUUUGAAAGUCAUGAGAGUGGUGGUGUGGAGGAAGAUCAUUCAUCUGAUACGGGAGUCAAACAGGAACAUCCCCCAACCGAGCACAUCCCUACAAACAGCUGUGAUGAUGGCCAGGUUGAAGGGAAACCUGUGGAUGCUGAGGAGGAACUUGCUAAGAGAGCAGGAUCAGGUGAAAAGAUUUUAAGCAGCAAAGCUGUGGGUGAGUUGGACAAUAACCCUAUCUCCCUGGCACUCGCCAGACAUCUGGGUAUUGAUACCAGCAGUGAAGGCCGAGCAGCACGUAACCGACGAGGGAUCGCUAUCAUUGUAUAUGGUGCACCUCUUACUGGGAAGUCCUCAGCUGCUGUGUCAUUGGCUAAACAUUAUAAUAUUGCAUGCUUAUCUAUUGACGCUGUGAUUAUGGAAGCCAUUUCUGAUGGAAACAGCAGGUCUGGACUUCGAGCAAGGCAACUAUGUGCCAAGGCAGCAUUAGAACAGGCUCGAAGAGAGUCAGAGGAUACCAUGCUUCAGGCUCAGGCAUUGGGUGGCCAGACCUCAUUGAGUGUGGAAGCUUUGGCUAAACACACUGCUGAGGGAGGCCAAGUACCAGAAAAUAAAACAGCUACUCAAUCUGUCCUCUCACGAGGCAACAAAGGUAGUCUUGUAACUGGCAAGGGCAAAUCAGAGAGCCAUGCUGUGCAAGGAGGCAAGCUGCAGCAUGUGUCUGACACUGCAGGAUCACAGACAGAGAGCACAGCUCUUCCCGGGGGUCCCAUACAACGUCGUCUGAGUGUGAGUGCCAGUGUAGCGGGUGAACUGGGUCUUAUGAGCUGUGUUCUACCAGAGGAACUUCUGCAAGAGAUCUUGAGUGAAAGACUGCAGCUAAAUGACUGCUUCCAAGGAGUGGUGUUUGAUGGCUUAGAAACCCUGUUUGCUCGAAAUGUCCCAUCUUCACUCCAUACUUUGCUGAAAGCUCUUAAUAAUCGCAAGCACAUAUACUUCAUUAAUCUGUAUCAGGAAUAUGCUGUUGUCAAAGCACGUGAGAAAGCCCAGAAGGAAAAGGAAGAGAAGGAUCAGCUGAGUGCACAGGAGCAGGAGAAAGCUCAUAUGGAAGAGAUGGAUGAAGAGGAAUAUGAUAAUCUUCCUGCUGAUGAACGAGCACGUAUUGAUGAACUACGCCUUAUUGCCCUGCAAGAGCGUAGGAAAAGAGAGAAAGAAGAGCGACUGGCUCGGGAGGAGAAUGAAAGGAGGGUGAAGGAAGAAAUGUUAAAGCAAAAGGAGGAAGAAGAGAUGAGAAAAAAGAAAACCAGGGGAAAGAGUCGGGAAGAGACGUCUGGAAAGAAGAGUCAACUAGGUGGCAAACAGGGUGCUAACAUUUCUUCAGUGAAGAAUGAUCAGCGCUUGAAUUCUGCACUGGAGAGAAAAGCCUCAGUAAGGGAUCGUCCAGACUCUGUGGUGAAUGAGUAUGAUCUGGCAAAUAAGAAACACAGAACAAAAGAACUUAGAAAUGGUGCAGGAGAUCCCUCCAUAGUUGUGCUGGAGGAUGCUGAGGUGGAAUCCAUGAGCGAGAAUGAGAAGCAGUUAAUGCAAAACUUUAUAAAAUAUGAAUCCUUCCAGAAGGAUGUUCUACAAAUCUUAACUUUAUGGGACCGUGUCCAGGGUAUUUUGCAUUUUGCAAACAUUAUGGAAGACAGUCAGCAUGAAGGAGAAAAUCAGGCCCCUGAACGUCAAGUAGCCUCUCAUAAAAAGAACCGCAAAGAGCGAGAACGGCUUGAAAAACUAGAACGUGAAAAAGCAGAGAAAGAUCAGCUUGAGAGAGAGAAGGCAGAGAAAGAGCGUUUAGACAAGCUAAAAUCUACUGAAAAUGAGGGAGUGCUGGACAUGGAUAAGAAUGAGGAACGAGUUGAGAAAGUAGAAAUGGGCAUUCCGCACUUUGAUUUCCAUGUAUGUGAUUCCAUUGAACCUAUUGGAAAGAAAAUCAUACAGAGUAGAAAGUUGCCUUCUAUUGAAGAGAUCCUAGAUGGUCUCGGAUUAGGCCCUUCUGGGCCCCCCAUACCACCACCAAGCUUAUUCUCAGUAGUUCCCUAUCCAGAGACGAGGACACUGUCUACUGACCAGGACAUCCUUGGCCACUUCACAUUUGUUGCAGCAUCUCCAGAUGACCCAAAUGUAAUACCGGAAGUAAAAAAAGAACCUGAGUCUGAGUCAGAUCCUGCACUCGGUAUCCCAAUGCUUAAGGAGGAGCAAGUGACACCCACUAAAAGUCGAAGUAGGAAGGAAAAGACCGCAGAUACAGGACGUGAAAGUAGACGCCGUUCUGGCUCUGACCGCAAGAAACAACAGAAUCUUGAAAGCCGCUCAUCACCUCCUGGAACAACGACUCCUCUUUCUGAUCUCGAUCAGGGUAGUAGUAUUGGAGAUGCCCCACAGGAGAAGUUGAUAAAGCUGGGUAUAUUUCGAUGGGUAGUUCCUGCAGGGGGAGAAGUGCCCCUAAGAAUUCAUUUUGCAUCAAAUUCUGUUGGUAACUUUGACCAGACCCUAAACUUUGAACUUUUAGGAACCCAUCGUAGGUAUCAACUGUAUUGUCGUGGAGUGUGUGCUUUUCCUGCUAUUUGCUCCAACCCCAAGGUUGUUUUCCCUCAUCGCAAAAAGGAAGCUAAACCUGAUGAGAUUGUGCACAAGAAGUUUGUCAUGAGCGCUGGAACCUUUGAUUUUGGGCCACUCUUUUGCGGUAAAAGUAGAGAUAAAUACAAAGCAGGCCAAUAUCCUGAAAAUAUGGAGAAAAUAACUAUACACAAUGCGUCCCCCAUGGAGUCAGAGGUCACAUUCUGCUUCCAGCAUGAUGUUAAGGCAGUAACAUUUAUUCUGGACCCACCAGCCAUGACCCUGAAACCCAACGAAAAGCAGGAACUUUGCAUUUGGGCCUUCCCUACUUCUCCUGGAUUGUUUGAGGAUAACAUUGUGUGUUGCACCAGGGACAACCCUGAACCAGCAAUAUUCCGUAUCUGUUGCCGGGGUGUACGUCCAGAGCUGGAACUUGACCGCAAGCAAAUUCAUUUUGAUAAAAUACUGCUUCACCGGAGAGACACAAAGACCAUCUUUCUGAGAAACAGCACCCUUUUACCUGUAGCCUGGCGUGUAACAGGUCUGGAAAACCUUGGUGACGAAUUUUCAGUUUCACAAGAUCAGGGGAUCAUUGCUCCUCGUUCAGAAUGUGGCCUUCAGCUUCACUUCAAAGCUGCCAAAGCCAGCAACAUCAAGAAAAACAUUCGUUUGGAGGUUUCUGAUGUUGAAAAUAUCCUUGGAAUUGUUCAGCUUGAAAAUAUUCAGAUUACUGCUGAGGCAUACGAUGUGGCUUUGGAUAUCAGUUUUCCUAAAGGUACAGACGGUGGGCUGGAUUUUGGGGUGGUGAAGGUGCUUGAAGAAGCUAAACACACAAUAUCUCUAAAGAACAAAGGCAAAUAUGAGAUUGGCUUCAGUUUCUUCAUGGAAUCCAUAGGCCAUCGGAUGCCAGAUGUGAACUCUAUAUUUUCUAUUCUACCCCAGAAAGGCACUCUUGGCCCCACUGAUCGUGGUUCUCAAGUCCAGAUUAUUUUUAACUCAAAGGAGGAAGUAGAGAUUAUGGACAAACCAAUACUACGCUGCCAGGUUAUUGAACCUAAUCUUAGUGAGGGAGGGGAAACAAUUGCAAGUAUCCCAAUACGAAUUUCUGCACGCUCUGUUUUUUCAAAAUAUCGUCUCUGCCCAUCCUUGGACAUAAAUUUUGGUGCCAUGGUCCUAGGAAGUCGUAAAAUGUGCUCAUUCACAUUGGAGAACUGUGGCCUGUUGGAGUUUCGUUACAACAUCAGCAAGAUGGUACGGGAGGUAGUAAUCCAGCCUGCCAAGAAGGGACCUGGUGGAAAAAGAGCUAGAUCUCGAGAGGAUUCAGGAUCCAGUAAAUCAUUUGGGAAAGGCAAAAGGUCUGACCCCCAACAGAGGGAAAUGAGUGUUGUCGGUGGACAGGCUCGUUUCUCGCUGGGCAUGUUCACCAUGUCUCCUGGGUUUGGGGUUAUCCCACCUGGAGGACAUCAGGUCAUUAAUGUGGAGUGUUUUGCGGAUCAGAUGGGAAAAAGUGAAGAGAUCCUGGCCAUUGACAUUUCUGACAGAAACCCUGAAGACCAUCCCAAUGGAAUAUCUUACCAGCUUGUGACAGAAGUCUGCACUCCAGGUUUUGUGACAGAUGACAUUGGAAACAUAUUUGAGGAGCACCGUAUUUUAAGGGAUGCAAGGAUUGUACCCUGUUUACAAUCCUUACAGGCAGGAGGAGUGUACCUGCAGGAAGAGAACCAAUUCAUGUUCUGUAAUGUUCUUGUUGGUCAGACUUCUACAGCAAGAUUUAAGAUCCAGAAUAAUGGCAGAGUCCCCUGUGAUGUGGUUCUGACUGUUAAGCCCAUCAAUAAUAAGUCGGCUGCUCGGAUUAAUGAGAUCUUUGACGUUUUCCCACCCCGCAUGAACAUCCCAAGCCACAGUCAUUGCUUUGCCAGUGUCACCUUCACCCCAAGGAGCAUGCAUGCAUACCAGUGCAUCUUUGAAGCUGCAAUAGAUGGAAUAGGAAGUGUCAUCUCUAAGACACGUAAUUUGACUUUUGAAAUAAGUGGUGAAGGGAACCUUCCUCGAGUCACCAUCUUACGGCCUGUGCUUAGAAAUAAAAGAGGCAGUCCCCUUAUGCUUUUCCAAAGGCUUCUACUGGGUCAGUGCCAGCUGCUUCCGCUAAUGCUGAAGAAUGAUGGGACUAUUUCUGCUCAGCUGCACAUUGAUAUGCAAGGAGAUGGAGGAGAAUUCACUUUAAAACCUAAACCAAGCACCUGCUGUAUUUACCCCUCUUGCAGUACAGAUGGAGAGCCUACACCAUAUAGCACAGUUCGCAGAGCUCAUACUGCGUCCUUAAACCUUCAUCCGGGAGAUACAGCAGAAUUUGAAGUUCUUUUCCGACCAACCUCAGCUCGGCGCUUUGAGAAUCAGCUCCGUCUCUCUGUGCUGGACAACCAAUAUGAGCAGAACUUUGUGCAGCUGGUGGGUGAAGGUUAUCAGGAGGAACUUACUCUUGAUAACAUUCCCAGCCCAGGAGAAGCUGUCUUGCUUGAGGGACCACUUGAAGAUGAUUUAGUACAAGCUACUCGUACCGAUCACAUCUACUUUGGAGACUGUCAUGUUGGCAAGCAGUACCAAGUGACCUUCACCAUGACCAAUCACAGUAUGGAUGCCAUGAGGUUUGAGUGGCCUUCAGAAGCCCCUCUAAGCUUCUCACCUCAGAUGGGACAUCUCCACUCAGGCUGUGCAAAAGAUGUGACUGUUACACUUAAGUCAGACGCAGUUGUUGCCAUCAGCAAAUCACCCGUGAAGUGCAUAGUAUCACGCAUCUCUUUCCCCAUGCCUCUUGACCAAGUUGCUGAUUGGGAUGAUCGUAUGAGAACUGUUAGAUGGGUAGAUGCUAACAAGAGCCCUGGCACCCAACAUCCAGCCAAAAGAAAAGUGAUUGAGACAGACCCAGAGCCAGCCCAUGUGUUGCUAGAUGAACUGUCACGUGAGCUGGAACUACUGGUCAGUGCCAUGGUGGAUUAUGCACAAUAUCAGGCCAAGUGUGAGCCGGUGCAGUUCAAAGACACUCUUCUUUACCAGACCCGAGUUUACAAGUAUCAGAUGCAGAACCCAGGCAGUGUCAAGCUGCAUUUCUCCUGGCAGAUUGAUAUGGAACAGCUGGACAAAUCUGUCAGCUUCUCCCCAAGAAGACACAAUGUGGAUGAACUUCCCACCAGUGCGCGGAGUUCCUCCAUACAAAGCCGACCUCCCAGUGUCAUGGAGAGUGUAUCAUCACUGCUGUCCAUGGGAGCUGAGACUCUGCCCUUUUCUGUGCAGCCAAAUAACGGAUUCAUUCCCAUUGGAGGAACACAGGAGUUUCUGAUAAAGUUUUCUCCUACAGAAGUUGGGGAGUUUGAAGGUCGUCUGACGUGCAGUAUCCCUAACCUGCAAAAGGAUCAACAAGAGCCUGUGCUCCCAGUCAAAGGACGCAGCCUUCUGCCAUUUUGUCACUUCCAGCUGGAGGACUCUGACUAUAUCAGCCAUGGAAGAAGGAAUCCAGAACUACAAGGCCCCUUUGGGGCACCAUCUGGAACCACUUUAGAUCCAAACACCAGGGUUAUUGAGUUUGCUACAGUGGGAGUAAAGACUAAAAACACCAGGAGUUUCAGUAUCUUAAAUCCUACCAAUAACCCUUACUCAUUCCUGUGGGCCUGUGAGGAUCCUCCAAAUUUGCAGAACUCUCCAGCUUUCCGUUGCCUAAGUCAAUAUGGUCAUAUUCUUCCUGAAAAGAGGGUAGAGGUUACCUUUGAGUUUGUCCCUCAAGUUCUGGAUAUCACCGAAUCUUUUUGGUCCUUCAAAAUUCCAGAGCAGAACAUUUCAGUCCCUUUCCUUCUUGUGGGUAAAGCCAGUGAACCUUGUGUGUCUCUUGAUAGAUCUCACCUCAACUUCCGAAGCCUUCUGAUUGGUCAUGAAUUUCAAGAGACGAUUUAUCUAAUUAAUAACGAAAACAAAUCAUUUAACUUUUCCUUCCGUGAGUGUUCCCUUUAUUCUGAGGGACAAGGACAAAGCCUGAUGAUAACACCCAUGGAAGGAACGAUCUCUGCUCUAUCCAGGACUCCCAUCUGCAUCAUGAUUAAGCCAUCCCAGGUAGGGGAGCUGAACAUUAACCUUAUUUGUGAUAUCAAGACAAAGACAGAGCCGUUGCACCUAAAUGUGAAGGCAGAGCUACAUGCAACAGAUGCCAGCGUUCAGUUCCUGGAUAGUAUGGGCACAGUCACCACUUUAACUCAACAAGGACCCAAUGAAAUUGAUCUUGGGAAGGUGGACACUAAUGACUGCUGUACUCUUCAGUUUAAUGUAUUGAAUAACGGCCAGUUCCCCUUCAGUUUUAGCUGUGGUUUAUCUGCCCCUACUGGUUUACAGAACAAUCUGAGCAUCUCUCCAGACACUGGCACUGUGGGGCCAGGGCAGAAAGUCCACAACUUGUUCACCUUUCAUCCAACCAAAAAAUGUGUCUUAAAGAAUGUUCAUCUAAAUAUAAAGAUUGAGAAUGGACCAGAGUUCAGAUGCAGUUUCUGUGCAACAGCUGUGAGUCCUGGAGUUAAUUUCUCUUUCACACAACACGACUUCGGCAACUGCUUUAUUUACCAAGCUGGCAUGUGUCCCAUCAAGAAAACCCUAAUAGUCCAGAACAAGGACAAGCGUGACAUCAGUUUGGACUGUCUCUACAACAACACUGCUCACCUGGAGCUUGACUUCACUCCAGAUAUACUGCCCCCUGGAGGUCAGAUGGAGAUACCCAUCACAUUUUAUCCCCGUGCAGCUGUACUUUACAAGGAAACAAUAAUCUUUCAGAUGAAUGUCCAUUCUAAGGUGCCCAUCCAUCUGCAAGGGCGAGGUAUUGAGCUGAAGGUUGUUGUUGCUAACCCAAAACAUAAGCUGAUUAAUUUUGGAGCUGUUAAUGUGGGGCAAACUGUGAAGAAAACCAUUCCCGUCGUAAAUAACAGUGUGACGCCAGUUACAUGUAUGUUCUCUAUAGCUCCAAGUGUCCCCGUACUGCAGGAUACAAAGGUGCUUAACUUGUUACCAACGUCUGAAGUGACAAUACCCGCCAAUGGUGGAGUAUGCAAGUUGGAGCUGCAGUUUACCCCUUUAGGCAGGAUUACUCCAUUUGCAGAGGAGGUGAUGCUGGAGUGUUUUGGAGUGGGACGAUCACUUUUAGUCGUACGUGGCUGCAGCCAGGGUUUGGAGCUAAGUUUGGACCAAGAUUAUAUCCCAUUUGGAGCAGUGGUACUUCAGAGCCAAGCCACACGCAGAAUCAUUCUAAGCAACACCGGAGACCUAGGAGCCAGAUUUCGAUGGGACAUAAAGAAAUUUCAGCCAGACUUCUCCAUCUCUCCAGUCUCCGGUUACAUCACUGCUGGUGCUGAGGUCACCUUUGAUAUCACAUUUCACCCCUCUGAGAUCAGCUCUGAUAUUCAUUAUGAUAAUCUAGCCUGUUUUAUUGAAGGAAGCAAGACCUUGAUGUUGACUCUGUCUGGAUCCUGUGUUGGGCUGCCAUCCACCAAGGAGACAGUGAAUUUUCAGUGUCAGGUUAGAAGUAAACAAACUCAGACCAUCAUACUCACCAACAAAACCAACCAUGCAUGGACUUUGCAACCCAUUAUUGAUGGCGAGUAUUGGACAGGUCCAGAUAUUUUCAACGUGGAAGCUAAUCAGCAGAACAAACCAUAUGAGAUCACCUACAGACCUCUGACCAUGAGCUUGGAGGGGAAGAAACACCAGGGUUCCAUAUUUUUCCCAUUACCAGAUGGCACAGGGUUAAUGUACCUUCUACAAGGAGUCUCUGAGCCUCCUAAAUCUUCUGGCAAUAUUAUUCGAGAGGUGCCCUGCAAAACAUCUUAUACCGAACUACUCCCUAUCAGCAACUGGCUGAACAAGUCACAGAGGUUUCGGGUAACUCUGGAAAUGGUGAAGCCAGAACGUCUGGACAGCGCCACCAGCAUUAAAGGCUUGGACUACGUGGAAGUGCCAGGGGCUGCCAGGAGAGACUACAAGCUGACAUUCUAUUCUCACAAAGAAGGCAGCUUUGCUACAAAGGUUACCUUCCGCAAUGAGACAACCCAGGAGUAUCUGUACUACUUUGUGACUUUCAAAGCAACCCCUCCAGGCAUUAUCAGUACUAUAGAAAUGGUGGCACCAGUUCGACAAAGCACUGCUGCCACUGUGAAAGUGGACAACCCUUUGUUAGUGCCAGUCACCUUUACCACUGACUGCAAAGUGCAAGAGAUUAAUCUGCCAUCACAGCUCACGGUUCCUGCCCAAUCUGAGGGACGGCUGACAUUUGAGUAUCUGCCUCUAAAGACUGGUGAGUCAACAGGUCGUUUGACCCUGCAGAGUAGUGACUUGGGCUUGUUUCAGUAUGAGCUGCUACUGAAAGCCAUGCCAGCAUUACCAGAGAAGCCUCUUUACUUCCGUACCACACUUGGUUCCAACCAGAUGCUUAAUGCCAAAUUCACCAAUUAUACCCGACAGAGAACAGAAUACAGCUGCAAGAUUGAUAACUCUGACUUCCAUGUAGAGAAGGUGGUGAUGGCAGCUCCAGGAUCACAGGGUGGGUCAGAAGUCAGUGUAGAAGUUACGUAUGAACCCGUACAACUUGGAGAGUCGCAGGCAGUGCUGUUCAUCUCGUCACCCCUAGGCGGAGAGUACAGCAUUCCGCUUUUUGGUUCUGCAAUGGCACCGAAGCCCCAAGGCCCCAUCCAAAUCAGAUCUGGUUCCAGUGUCUCCAUUCCCUUCAAAAAUGUCUUCCUGCAGCCCACGGCCUUCACUUUCCAAACAGAUCACCCAGCUUUCACCGUGAAGCCCUGUGAGGCAGUUCGGCCCAAGAAGACUCACCAUAUCUCUGUAUCAUAUGAGACUCCUCACAAUGGGAGCAAGGUCCCUGUGACAGGAAAACUUGUUGUCUCCUGUCCUCGUGCCACUGGCAUUAGCCAGGGAAUCUUCUGGGUCUACUACUUGAAAGGUGUGGCAUCUGAAAAGUAAUAUUCGCCGAUAUCGCUCAGAUUUCUUUUUUUUAUAAUAUUCAUCUAAGCAUGCUAGUUAUGUCCCAAGGCUUUUGUAUUAUCAUCUCAUUCAUAAUGGUUUGGGCACCAGUUUCGGGAGUGGUCACAAAUAUGUAGUAGAAAUGAAGAUAUAUGACACAUCAGUUUCAAACCUCUCUCAAUAACACUUAGAACUUAACAUUCUGCAGUGUAUAAACAGUAGACAAUAAAAUAUGUACAAUUAUCACCAGUUUUCCUGCAGGCUACCAACAUUAACUCUGACAACUGACAUCACUUGAUGUUCUACAUUGCAGAAAUAGCACACAAGUUUUAAGAACUCGAUGGCCAACAAAAUAUUUAUCAUAUAUAGUAUUUUUGUAUCUCCAUUCAUGUUGUAUAAAUCUAACAACAUAGUGGGGUUAGAAUGUUGAUAUUAGCGGAACUGCAUUCUCUCUUACUUUACAAAACAGCUGUUUAUUCUGUGCCAUCUUCUGCUAGCAGGUUGUUGUGCUCAGGAUCCCACCUACUUCUGUACUUUAUAUACAUGUAUGUCUUCCUCUAUACAGCAUGUGCCAACUAAAGUCUUACAAACAAUAGAAGACUGUGUAUAGUUUGCACCUUGCCUUUGUACUGUAAUCAUAAAUGCUACUGACUCUUGAAGAGUCUGUCUAAUAGGAAAUAUUGUCUCUAGUUUUAGUAUAAGUUGGUAUUCAUAAGGACCACUCAAAGGAAAUAAAUAGCUGGAUAUUUAUUUUUAUAGUAUAAAGUAUAGCAGGUCUCCAUAAUGAUGGAUAGGUUUUGUCCAUUCUGAUUUGUAAUAGAAAUAAACUUAUACACAACUACAUGUAGUGCCUGCUAAAACAUUUUAUUUGGGUCGUCUAUAAAACAUAUCUUGCCCUAAACUAGUGGCACUGCAGCCAUCAGUACAACUGCACCCUCUGCUUUACCCUAAAUGCACAAAACAAAUGAGAUUUAAACACAUAAAAUAAAUAUAUAUAUAUUGAAUUAUAUUUUAAAAUAAAAACACUCUGUAAAACCUUA